GGCUUAUUCUAUUGAGUUUCAAAGUAUUUUUCAAACCUUAAUUAUAGUUUGCAUUUAGUUUGGUGAUAAUACUGGUGUGUACGUCGAAUAUGAAUGCCAUCAUAGCAUUGUGCCAUUUCUGCGAAGCUCAUGGACCCGGCCCUCUGUUUUGCACGCAAACCCUCCGGGAGACCAACAUCCAGCAGUUGGACAUCCAUUUCGAUACGGAUCGGAAGGGGUGUGCCGCGUGCAACUCGAUCGGCAACAGCAUCGGGCUGGUCAGCAAGGAUCCGGACAGCAAUGCCCACUUCGUCAGCAGUCAGAUCCCGGUCAUCAACGAGACGAUCGAACUGGUCAAGAAGGCGGCCUUCCGGAGCAUCAGCAGCGAGGUCAGCUCCACCGCAGCGAGUGGAGGGGGAUUGGUGUUCUUUGGUGAUGCCCACCGGGGUCACGUGCUGAGUCACACGUUUCAUCUGAUGGAUUCCGAAGCUCGCGGAUUCAGUAAGCUGUUUUCGAUCGUGAUUCUGAUGAAGGACAAGAUGUUCCUGUUGAAUAUUCAACCGUUCCUGGCGGACUGUUUGGGAAAGAUUUCCAAAGAGUUGGAAGGCUAUGCGAAUCUAGUUCAUGAUGAAGAUCUGAGAGCACAAGGCUCGCAGCGAGCGCAGAGGAUCACCCAGGGCUAUGCGAGCAAUCCUUCCAAGACGAGAUCGUUGGUAGAACUGACGGGAAAGGAGUCAAUAUUUGCGUACUUACAUGCGCAUUUUACGUUUGUCUUGUGGGCAGGAGCGCGAUAUUUGACGGAGAGCAUCACACUGGGGAGUCCAUCGGUACCGGCUUGGUUGGGACGAGAUACGGAGGAAGGCUUUACGAUGGUGCAAACCGACAAGGAGGGAUAUCUGCUGCGCCGGAUGGGUUAUGGGAAAACCGAAGACGAGAGCGAUAGGAUUGACGAACGAUCCAAGGCUAAGUAUUCGCUAAAAAUGUUUCGGCAGAUAUUGAAGGGAGAAUUUGCAUCGGUUUGCUUCUGCGUGCUGACCGGGAUUCAGAUUGUCAUUCGAGGACCGUACGUGAAGGGCGCUUGCUUGGUGAGGAAUCUAAAGAAGCUGCUACCGGAUCAAUUGCACAAGUUGGUACGGACGCAAGCCGACUCGUACAAGGCUGCCAAUGAAUGUAGGAUAAUCAAUCUGUGCCAAGAAGCAGUGGCCCCGAAUCCAUCAGCUGGAAUCAUGAGAAUCGAUAUACUGGACGAUCGAGAUCAGGAUACGGUUGCAGUUUGCGUGUGGGAUGGCGAUUUACCCUCGAAAUUGCCAACGCUGCUUCAGAAAAUCUUGAAAGCUGUAGACGAGGAACUGUUCACCGAUUUGGUUUUGGACAAGCACCUUCGAGCGUUGAUUGAAGAAUGGAAGAACAAGGUGGUCUGCAUCCGGAAGAUGAGCUCCAACCAGGACGUCGCCAAAGUGAAGAAAAUCAUGGGCAUCCAACAGCAGGACCAGGUGCUGAUCAACUACUGGCACAGUCACUUAUGACACACUGCGAGCUUCGAUUUCAUGGAAUCAUUUUUCUUAUAUUUUCACUUAAAUACACAAAUAAUAGAAGGAAAGUUGUUGUGUUUCCUUUCGAACCGACAAUGUGAAUUUCCCUUCCUCCUCUCUUAGUUCUUGAAGCCACAGCUGCUGCGGCGACCACGAGCCUUCUCGUACUUGCGUCCCUUCGACUGGACAUAGGGCCGAGUGUUGGAGUGUGGCACACCGGGAGCACGUCCAAAGUGGGUGAAUGCUUCGCGGGCUGUGCGUUCUCCUUG